UCGACCUAUUCAAGGCGCUUCCAACCUUAGAAGCUGUCACUUCCCCUUUACGCCCCUGCAAAUUGGUUAGGUUGGCAUAGCGGUAGACUACGGAUCAAUCCGCGAGGAGUUGUAUGUGCAUUUCGCGGUUAAGUCUGGUUUACGUUUUGUUGGUCAUGGGUUUCACCGGUACUGAUCGCGAUCUAGUAUUGAUAGUUGAGUUCUGUGUGAUAUAAAUAUAUGAAAUAAAAAGUAUUAUCAUCCAAUCAAACGUAAGAUACAUGAAAAUACUCUGAUGAAACCUUAAACAUUUGUACGCAGGGAUUAUGUUCACAGUUCCCACGUAAGUCUUCACGGUCUUCACCUUUCGACACAUCUUUCUUAAUCGUUCUCGAUGGAUUCUAUCGAUCAUAUUUUUCGAUAAACGAUAACGAUUUUUGGAGGGACUGAGGCUGGACCCGAAUAAAUGUUGGAUACCUGCCCGGAUGGCCCAUUUACAUGGGGUGAAAGCCAGCAAGGAUUGAUCUUGAGUUCAUACUACUGGGGCUAUUUGAUAAGCCAGAUUCCUGCUGGCAGGAUUUCAGAGGUGUUCAGUGCUAAAUGGGUUAUGUUCUCAGCAGUUGUUAUUAAUAUUAUUUGCACACUGUUAACGCCAGUAGCUGCGCAGAUUGAACCUCUUCUGAUGUUUUUAAGAUGUGUUGAAGGAGUUGGUGGGGGGUUUUCAUUCCCUGCCAUGCAUUCCCUACUUUCAAAAUGGGCACCUGUUGAAGAAAGAAGUACUAUUACAACUAUCGUGUAUGCAGGUGCUGCACUUGGGACGGUUUUGUCUGUGCUAUUCUCUGGCUUUAUAUAUACGUGGCAGAGCUGGGAAGCAGUGUUCUAUUGGAUGGGAAGCUUGCCUGUUAUUUGGUGUUUGCUCUGGGCAUGGUUGGUGGAAGAUGAUACAACAAGGCAGCGCUACAUAACCGAGAAGGAGCGUAUUCUCAUCCAGAAAUCACUGGGAGAUAAAGAUACAUCUCAUAAGAUGCAACUACCAUGGAAGAAAAUAUGUACAUCUGUUCCAUUUCUUGUCAUUAUGAUUACACAUUUCUGCAAUAAUUGUUGUUGGUAUGUUCUCUUGACUGAACUGCCAAAGUAUAUGAGUCAAGUUCUGUACUUCAGAAUGGAAGAGAAUUCUCUUCUCUCAUCAUUGCCAUACCUAACAUUAUGGAUUUUCAGUUUGAUCUUAGGAAAAUGUCUGGAUUUUGGGCGAUCCAAAAAAGUGAUAAGUACAACUGCAGCUAGAAAAAUAUCCACAUUGUGUGCUUCUGUGGUUCCUGCUGCAUGUUUGUUGGCUGUCACAUUUGUGAAAUGUGAGCACAUUGCAGUUGUAGCAUUAAUGACUAUUGCUGUUACUGCUAUGGGGGGAAUGUUCUCAGGAGUACUGGCCAAUCACAUUGAUAUUGCUCCACAGUAUGCAGGAACACUGAUUGGGAUCACUAACACUUUUGCCACAAUUCCAGGAAUCCUUAUACCUAUUUUUGUUGGAGAAAUUACUCACGCAAAUCAAACAACUGAACAAUGGAGCAUUAUAUUUUAUACCAUAGUGGGCAUACUGGCUUUUGAGGCAGUAGUGUACUUGACUUUUGGCUCUGGUGAAGAACAAUCUUGGAUCAGAUCAAAUGAGACAGUAAUGUCUACAGAUAACAACACAGUAGAUCCAGAGUUGCAGAAGAACCAAGAAUCUAAGGAAAUUACAGAAUUGUGAAGGUGCAUUUACUCUUGAGGUAAGCAUCUACUUGUCCUGUGAUUCAUGUAGUAUGGUUAGUAGAAUUCAGAAAAAAAUAAUUAUAAGAAAGUACUAUUUUAUAAAAUACUUUAGAUAUAAGAUUUUAAUGACAGUAUAUCUAAAUUGGAUUCGGCGAAAGACAAGCUCUUCAUCAUCAGAGUAUGGUUUCACAAAAAUAUUGAUGACAAGAGAAGAGCAGUAUAUAUUUUGUGACAUGCAGAUCCAUUUCUGGGUGGUGCCUGAAAUACAUGCAUGCAACGAUAGAAAAGGUAUUGGAAGAAGUGUUUUCUUUGUGGUCCACUCCAUGUCCAGUGCUGAGCAAUGGGCCAAUGAAUAUGCAUUCUGGCAGCAGAAGAGGUAUUUUCUUUGUUGUCCUUGCCAUGCCCAGUGCUGGGUAACAGGACAACAGGCAUGCAUUCUGACAUGUGACACGUUUUCCGUGAGGUCUGACCCAAGUGUAUAUAACAAGAGGUGAACAACAGUGCAGGAUUUCAGUUGAAGGUUCAGCUGUGGAGUAUUAACCAGCAGGCAAUGGAAGCUAAGAUUCUGUACCAGGAAACGUCUACUGAAGAUUUUGCAGAGGAAUUGCCAUUGCAGAGAGCUGUUACCAAAUAAUGACUAGUGGAUAUAGACUGAGAAAACUUAGUGUGAAGUGAUUUGUAGUAUAGAGAUCAGCAUUAGUGUUAUAAUUAUUUGUACUUAUGACCUGUAAGGGGUCAUUAAAUCUAUUCACCUAUCCAAACCCCGUAUGCAGUCACUAAUACAUGUAACAAUACAUAUGUGUGCAUGUGUAUAUAUAUUGUCAUGAUAAAUAAAUUCAUGCAGAUCUCAGAUUUGGAGAAUAUGUUUAUUGAACACUCGCUUUUACACUAGCGAGUACAAUUAUUAUCACUUUCAGUAUCACAAUUACUACUUCUGCUAUAUUCAAAGCCAAACUGAAGACUGACUACUCUUCUAAGGUCAGAUGCAAACUGAACUGGUCUCGGCAACUUCUAGCACUCCACUCUCUGUCUUGCACAUUCAACCCCCUUAAAUGGGCCUUUUGCGGACCACUUAUGGAACACCCUUCUCAACAGUUUGGUUUUCCCCUUGUCAUACAACACUUCAAAUAAUUCGUUGUAACCAUGGAAACUCUCUGUUAAAAUUCCAAUGCUGCAUUCCAUUCUGCUGUGUAAGAAAUGUUAUUCAUUGACCACCCACAAACGCUGAAAUAUGCUCCAUAGUCCGGCUUUUAGGAAGCACAUCACAAUAAAUAUAUAUAACUACAACCUGUCUUCAUGAAGAGAUGAUCACAGACUUUAAGAACCUUGAACUUUGAAAUAGAUAUGCAUGACAAUUAUUAGUAAGUAUGUACAGAGUACAUUCACAAGAUAAAUAAAUAUGGAUUAAAUACAAAAUUUUAUAGAACUCCAGUAUCCUAUCUUAUCCACCGGUAUUUUUGUAAUAGUUUAUUUAUUAUGUAGCAUGUUAACUGAAAUAUAUGUUUAAAUUACAAUUAGUAAAUAUGAAAUAUUUCACAAAGGAAAGUGAAGAAAAGGGGUAUGCAUUACAUUGAUCAUAUUCACUUUCUUAAAAUACAUUUUACGAAACAUAUUUAAAGAUUCAGCAGGAUAUGAUUUUAUUGGUGUCACAGGUCUGACUUCUCAGUUUGUUUCUGAAUACGGAUGACACAAAGAUACGAAUUUAGUACCUUCUACUUUUGUGAGAACUUCUUACGAAGGAUGAAGAUGAACUGCUUUUGUAUUCUAGUCUUACCCUGGUAUAUUAUAGAGCUGUAGUGGAUCUGUGUAUUAAAUAAUUGACAUGGAUGACACUUGUAAAAUUCACAAAAAAAUUGGAAUAAAGUGAACUACCCUUUUAACUUAUGCUCCUUUUCUUGUUACUGUUUUGCCAGUACAGCCUCUAAAUCUUAAGGCAGUGUUAAUGCAUACAGUUUUAGUAAUCCAGUUAGAAUAAUUGAAUGUUUUAUGUCAAGAAAUAAUUAAUUAUAAUUCCAGCCUGUUUAAACCUGGUGUGUGCCAAUUAAAUGCGUGUAGCUGUUAAAACUUGUACCUUUGGUUUAGCUUUCCAGUCACAUAUUUGAAACUCAUGAAUUGACAUAAUUAAUUUCGUAUCUAGGCUAUGGGCUGGACAACCACUGAAUCAGGAUUCAAUUUCCAGCAGUAAUAAGAAACUUCUCCCUUUCUCACAACAUCCAGACCUGCUCUGGAGCCCACUCUGGCUCUUUCACCAGGGAUAGGGUAGCCGUGUAAUCAAGCUGACCACUCAUGUCCAUCUAGUGGCAAAGUUAAGAAUGCAUGGGUCUACACUUCUGUGUCUUCAUGACAUGAUGCUUAAUUAAAAACAGGGACAGUUUUACUGUUACCUUUACCAAAGCACAUGAGCGAGCUGUGAAUUUCAUCACUUACGACAGUCAAAUAUGCCAGUCAUUUUCCAGCUAACUAACUAACUAACUAACUAAUUAAUUUCAUGGAGCUGAGCCCUUCUUGAGAAACCCCAGG